GCGCGCGUGCGUACCGUGGUUCUCUUCUUCUUGCGACGUGCCCGAGCUAGCUGCAUGCUCGUCGGUCAGUUUUCUCUCGCCACCUUUUUCGUUUGCUUGUUUGUUUGUUCCUUUUUUCUGUACUUCCUCACCUCCUUCUAUCUGUCCAAACGGAAGAAGGACAUCGACGGGUCUCGGACAUCCAUUCUCUUCUUGUGAGGCAAGCGGCAGUAUGACACGGGCGCUAUGAUACGGCUGCGGUUCGGGACUACCAUCUUACAAGUACGAAGAGCGGCGGUCUGCAUCGGUGCCGCCUGCGUGCUCGUGUGCUUCGGAGCCUUUUACGUAUACUUCAGCAGGCUCCUACCAAGCUCCACUGGCCUGGCAGGAUGGCCUCCAGGCAAGGUGGACAUGGCCGCCCUGGAGCAGAGGCUUCAGCGGCUGGAGAAGGAGCUUCGCAACAACCACAUAAUGCUGACCCAGAUCCGCGACACAGUCCGCAAUUUCCUCACUGGGGCCCCCGGUCUGGGCUGGAAAGGCAUCCCGAAGGCACCGCCAGCACUACAGAAUGUAUCACGGACAGCCAUCGCGCUCUCACCAGCCGACUGCACUUUUUGCAGCUCCCCUCCUGCCAUUACCGACUACAAUGUAUAUGACUUAUAUGAGAAGAUAGCGUUUGACAACCCGGACGGUGGGGUGUGGAAGCAAGGUUGGAAACUUGAGUACGAGGAGUCGAUGUGGACGAAGGACCGGAAACUCGGGGUGUUUGUAGUUCCUCAUUCCCACAAUGAUCCAGGCUGGCUUAAAACGUUUGAUAAGUAUUACCUUGACCAAACGCGACACAUAUUGGACAAUAUGGCGGCUAAGCUCGGUGUGGACAAACGGCGGCGUUUCAUCUGGGCCGAGACUUCCUACCUCUCCCAUUGGUUUGACCAACAAAGCGAGGAGAUCAAGUCCAAAGUUCGGGGUUACUUGCAGUCUGGCCAACUGGAGAUUGUUACGGGUGGCUGGGUGAUGAAUGAUGAAGCCAACACACAUGUGUUUGCAAUGCUGGAACAGAUGGUCGAGGGACACCAGUGGGUGGAGCGAAACCUAGGAGUUCGUCCGAAAAAUGGUUGGGCCAUUGACCCCUUUGGUCUGUCCUCCACAAUGCCGUACCUUCUCAAGCGAAUGGGUUUUACCAACAUGGUGGUGCAGAGAGUCCACUACUCAGUCAAGAAGUAUAUGGCUCGGGAAAGAGCCCUCGAGUUCAUCUGGCGUCAACCUUGGGAUCAGAAUAAGACAACAGACAUCCUGUGUCACAUGAUGCCGUUCUACAGCUACGAUGUCCCACAUACGUGUGGACCUGACCCCAAGAUCUGCUGCCAGUUUGACUUCAAGCGGCUUCCGGGCAACAAGAUCAACUGUCCUUGGAAAGUGCCUCCGGUGGCUAUCACUGACCACAACGUAGCCGAUCGGGCCAUGCUGCUUCUGGACCAGUACCGCAAGAAAUCUCUACUUUUCCGUACGCACGUCGUGCUGGUGCCGCUCGGAGAUGACUUCAGAUACGACAAACCUUCGGAAUGGGACAACCAGUUCAACAACUACCAGAAGCUCUUUGACUACAUCAAUGCCAAUGAACGUCUGCACGCUGAGGUCCAGUUCGGCACCCUCGAAGACUACUUCACCGCACUACGUGCCGAAAGCAGUGUGGACAGCAGCAACAUGCCAAUAGGUUUUCCAUCACUGAGUGGAGAUUUCUUCACCUACGCCGACCGUGACGACAACUACUGGAGCGGGUACUACACAUCUCGGCCCUUCUACAAGAACAUGGACCGAACCGUGGAGGCGCACCUUAGGGGUGCUGAGAUCAUGUUCUCUCUCGUAUGGGCACGCAUGGGUUACAUUUCCAAUGACUACAUGCCGCUAGUUAACAGCAUGAUGAACGGCCUGGUCAAUGCUCGCCAGAACCUAGGCCUGUUUCAGCACCACGACGGCAUCACUGGCACCGCCAAGACCCCUGUCGUUGUCGACUAUGGAGUCAGGUUGUUCAAAUCCCUGCAAAACCUGAGGGAGAUUAUCACCAAGGGUGCACUGUAUAUGCUUCUCAAUGCACCUUCGCAAGGUGGUAUUGACGAUGACCUCUUUGUUCUCCAGAUGGACGACGUUCGGGACACUCACGACGGUAUGCCGCACAAGCAGCUACUGUCGUUUACUAGGGAAGGGCGAAUUAGGUACGUCGUAUUUUAUAACUCCCUGACCGUGCCAAGAAACGAAAUAGUCAGCCUACAGGUGUCCACUGCGUCCAUCGUGGUGAUCGACGCCAAUGGAAGCGUCGUUCCGAGCCAGUUGUCUCCUGUUUGGAACAAAGAGGAGCUCAUCAGAGGCACAUUUGAGCUGUCGUUUAUGGUCGACGUCCCACCUCUUGGCUUGGCUACGUACCGGGUGGAACACAUUGAGGGAAUCAGCGGCAUGGUGUUCCGUGCUUCUGUCACACUCUACAACACCGUUUCGUGUCCUGACACAUUAUAUUUCCCAAUAGCACGCUCAGAAUCGAGGGAAGAUUUUCGUAUACAGACGCCGUAUCUAGCAGCCACAUUUUCACCCACCACAGGAAUGCUAAAGCAUGUUCUAGUAAAAGAUCAGAACAUAAGCUUAGAUGUUGAGUCCGUGUUUGUAAAGUAUGGCACUCGUCCCAAGAACAAGGAUCGCAGUGGAGCCUACCUCUUUCUUCCUGAUGACAAGGCCAGGGAACUGGUCUACGAUCCACCUUACAUUCGUGUCACUGAAGGCGUGCUCUAUUCGGAAGUUGUGGUGUUCCUGCCGAACGUUGACUUCACUGUCAGGGUCAAGAACUCUCCAGGCAUUGAUGGCGUUGGCCUUGACAUCAAGAAUGUAGUGGACAUAACGAAAUCGGUGAACGAGGAAUUGGUAAUGCGCCUCAAGACGGGUGUCCACAACAUGGGACCUGAAUUCUACACUGAUGUCAACGGACUUCUGAUGGCAAAGCGUCACACCUUGGCGAAGCUGACGCUGCAAGGCAACGUCUAUCCAAUGCCUAGUAUGAUGUUCAUUCAAGAUAACAGCACAAGGCUGUCGCUGCUAUCUGGCCAGCCUCUGGGUACAACGAGUCUGUACACUGGUCUUGUGGACGUGUUUUUGGAUCGGCGACUCAACCAGGACGACAAGCGCGGCCUGCAGCAAGGCGUCAUGGAUAACCUCAAGACGCCGAGUCAGUUUCGGCUCCUGGUGGAGAGAUUUUCCACAGAAUCUCAGAAAGAGAGUGCAUCAGUCAGUCACCCAUCCCUUCUGGCACACCACGCAUCCCUCAGCCUGCUGCAUCCGCUGUUCACGCUGAUCCACAGCCGGCCACAACGCAUGUCCGACCCGCCCCUCAAGAGCUCAUUCACACCCUUGGGUGGCCCCUUGCCCUGUGAUUUACACCUCAUGAAUCUGCGCACGCUGGCCUUACCGAGCACAGCCCCAGUGGGUGCCAAACCAGAGUCGUCCUGGACCCCCAGCAACACAACAGCCAUGUUCCUGCACCGCCUGCCCCACGACUGUCGGCUGCGGUCAUAUGCCAUGCGGUGUACCCAGCAGACCGAUUCUAUGACAACGCUUGCCGACAUGUUUCCCGAAUACUUUGGACCAAGCGUGGAGGAAACCACGCUCUCACUCCUACGAACGAUCUCGUCAACGUCCACCAAGACGUCCCGUCUGAACUUGCCUUCGCCUGCCGAGAUGGCUGCAUACAAGCUUCAGCGGCGGUGAACACUCUGCACCUCCCUGGAUUAACCAUUCCCUUUUGACGUCUUCUACUUGCCAAAACAAAAAGAAAGAUGUGGGGAGCAAUCUGCUCCCUUUGCUUAGGAAUGGCCAAAACUGUGUCCGGCAGACAAGUUGACAGACUUCACUUUAUUACUUUCAUGUUUGCUGUCGGGCAAAACAAGUGCGUCGACGGACGCAUGUGCAACCGGAAGUGCUCGGUACGUGCGGGUCAUUCAAUGCUCAAGUCUUCCCCGGUCUACUUUUAUCAUGUUGGACCUCUGUCUAUUUUUAUUCAGUGCCUUUUCUUUUGCUUCCUUUUGUUUGGUCUUGACUAUUUUCCUGACAGUCCUAUUUAUUUUCUACCUAUUUACUUCAUAUUCGCGUUGUUUGAUUACAUACUUUCCUUCCAAGAUGGGGUGCCUCAACGUACCAAAACAUAUUAUUAUUAUUGCCAGAUAGAUUUUAUGAAUUAUUUAUACGUUACACAGAGCCAUGGAAUUAUUAAACUUGUGUUCGCAUUUGUGUGGCCGUAAAGUUGCCAGACAUUCAUAUGUGGUGACCAUCUAGUUGACUGUAACUAGUAAAAGAAAGCUUAAAGCAAGCUGCUUAUUUUAACUGCCAAAAUCUACCUUAUUGCAGUGAAAUUCUUUCAUGGGCUGGAAGGACAGAGUUCAUUUCUUUAAGCGUUGACCUUUUAUACUUAUGUUUAAUUAUAGAUGCUUUUAUUUCGUACAUAGAACGGUGACCUUAAUGGAAACCUGUACCAGUAAUGCAAGACUGUUUGACACUUGGCACCAGCAACUGAUGUGUGCAAGUGUGCACUCUUGAAAAGGCAGCUGGAAUUAUCGGCAGUCUGCCAUUUGCUUGUCUUCCUUCUUGAAAGAGUGCAAGUAGUGCAAAGUGUUGCCAGGAAAGGUGAAAAUAUGUGAUUUGCACUAGAUGCACUGUUAGCCCUUUGACCACUCGAUGGCACUUGAGUACUUCUACCGAAGCAAGACACAUUACAGUGCGUUGACACCUUCCCUCAUAGCCCAAGGGAGUCUAUAGGCUCGUACGUACGUAGAAAUGUGCAGCCCGAAGGCCUCAUAGCAGCGGCAGCUGUUACCAAGAGCUACUACUUCAAACGUGGCACGUGAACUUAGGCAAAACUGUGACUUAUACGAUAACAGAGCAAUUGUGAAUAGUGUAUACAGUGGACGUAGCUAGGAUGUUCUUAACAAUUCUUUUCUGUGAUUAGAAGAAGCAAGGGAGAAACUGUGUCCUUUGUGUCUAUCUUGCCGGUGAGUCAUUAGAGGCAGAUUAUACUGUGUUUGUGUGGCCCACGAUGCAACCAUUCCAUAGUGCUGUGUUCUAGGAAAAGGCAGUGUCCUGAGCAUGAUGGGCUGUGUUUUUUUUGUCCUUUUUGCUUUGUAAAUAACAUUAACUGAAUAGUUUAAUCGUGUUGUGGGAGAAUGCAAGUGCAGAGAGCAUUAGCCGUGCAAAAAUAAAGGCGUUCAGAUUCCGUA